AUGAUUAAGUUAUGUCUACUUGCGUCACUGUUUUUCCCCAUUCAUACGCGUUUUUUAGUCAAGAGGAGUUACUCGGAUGAAUCUGUGAAGGGAUACUUGACUGACCGUACUUGCUGGUGGAACGAAGUUUGCAAGGAGGAGUUCCAAACGCUCUUCCGAUGUCGUUGUCCUGGUUGGAGCUAUUGCAGAAGCCCUGGACGAUAUUAUAACGCUUUCUGCAGCAUGACACAAACCGGAUACAUCUGGACUCAACCAGAACAUAAUUGGGAAGGUGCAGAAGUUGCCACAUAGUGGCGGCUGGGGGGUCGCACCGAAGGCGGCCAACUACCCCAAAACAAAUUAUAUCAA